AGCAGAAUAAGAAGCCACCCAGUUCCAGAGGAAGGAGUAAACAGCAGAAGUCCCACUUAUUAAAUCAAAUGUUAGACUGUUUUAAUUAGUUUUGCACCGUUAGUAGGAAUGCGCUCCGGAAGAUAGCUCCUUGAUAAUUAAAGCAUCUUUUGGACCAAAUUGAACAGGUUAGUUACCCAGGCAACAAAAACAGGGAACGGUUUUCAUGCGAGUUUCGAGCAGGCGACCAAACAUGCGGACUUGUUGUCUCUUCAUUCGAAACCGACGAAACCAUUAGAGCUGGAGCUAGAAUGAUGAUAGCCAGGACUAGUCUGAGCAGAGGCAUCACUGCCCACCGCCUCUGUAAGAACGUCACCUUGUACCUGAAUGAAUUAACCUCCCCAGGCGUAAUGGUCCAGAGUCAGACCCCUGAGGACCAUAAACCCCUCAUGCUGAUGCUGCCGUGGCUGGGAUCACGACCCCAAGCUGUGUCCAAGUACUGCGAAAUCUAUUUUCGGACAGGUUUUGAUGUGCUUGUGGUGGAAAGUGAGGUGAAAGACUUCCUGUGGCCUCGCUGGGGACUGGACCGUGGAAAAACAUUGCUGGAGUUGCUCCAGAGUGAACGCUUUAUGUCCCGUCCCCUCCUCGUUCAUGCCUUCUCCAUUGGCGGCUACACGUUCACUCAGCUGCUGGUCCAUAUCUCCCAGGACAAACAGCAAUACCAGGCAGUGACAAACAGGAUCAAAGGCCAAGUCUAUGACAGCUUGGUGAUAGGCUCACUGGAGCACAUGGCCACAGGUCUUGGGAAAACUUUGUAUCCUCGUUUGGAGAAUCUAGUAGUACAAGCCAGCAUGCUAUACUUCUGCAUUUUUAAACGUCAGACGGUGGACUACUUCAAUGCAAGCAUCGAUGCAUUUUAUAACACUCCAGUCAAAGCCCCGGCGCUGAUCUUCUUCUGUGAAAACGACCUGCUGAGUGAUGCACGAAGUGUGGAGAAAUUAGUGGAUUACUGGCAGAAUUGUGGGAUGGACAUAACGACAAAGAAGUGGGAAGUUUCAACACAUGCUGGUCAUUUACGGCAACAUCCGCAGGAGUAUCUGAGCACUUUAAACACAUUCCUAAACUCACUCCACAUUGUCCCGCUGAAGGCCAAGAUGUGAGGCUGUUAUUGGCUAAAUUCAAAAUACCUCACUUGUACUUCCUGUGCUUAGUUACUUUAGCAGCUAUGGAUUUUUAAAUAAACUUGAUUUAAAUCACAGCUCAAAUGCCUUUAAAAAUUGGGUUCAGUUCUGAUAAAAAAAAACUAAAAAAAAAACUGUGUGAGUUCACCACUCAGAACACAACCAUUGUGGCUAUCACAAGUAAUACUGUGAAGCAGCAGCGAAGAACACAGCAGGGCAGAUUUUACAUUAAGCAGUUAGACCUCAUGUUUUUUUUUAUCCCUGUUAUUUUAAGUUAGAUUGUCAGAGAAUCUUUGUUGAACAGAAAGCUACCAUCGUCAACAUUUCUUUUAUUUUUCUUUUAAAGGUCACAGACAAGAUUUAAGUCUCAACAUCUCGGGUGGGAAGUCUGCUUUUGCUGAGUAGAAACAGUGAAUCUGCAGCUAUUCUUCAUCUUUUGGACAUUUAUCUUAGCCACACCUUCCCUGUAUUCAUUCAUUCUGGAAAAUGUGAGGCAAAAAUCAUGUUCAGUGUGACAGCCUUGAAGUACAUUCAAGACUUGAGUUCCUCAUUACUUCCCACUUUGACAACUUUUGUUCUCGUCUUACUUAUUUGUGGUUAAAACAUGUUGUUUAUUGCAAUGUAUGGGUGUUUCAAUAUAUUUUAUAAUCAUGACAUCAUAUAUCCCUAUGAGAAUUAUACUUUACUGAGUUGUAAUGCCUUUAAAACUUAAGUGGAUGUUUUUGGUGCUAAUAUGUAAAGAACUUAACUUCUUUGAACUUGAACUUACUUUAGUGUUUAUUCAAACCAGAAUUUACUAAAAGUUCCAUUACAAAUGCUCUCUCAGAUUUUUUCUGUUUAAAAUCAACUGUACUGCUUAUGACAUGAAAUUAUUUGUACACCUCAAAAGAUUUGAAUAUUGUUACAAGAUCGCUGUAUCGGGAGAUGAUCAAAAGACAGUCAUCGACACCCUUCACAACAAGAUUAAGCCAUAAAAAUCCCUGCUGAAGAAAUUGAUUGUAUGGUUUCAACCAUAUUAACAGAAAAUUAAUGUGAUGUGGUUGGAAAUGGUGCAACAAGGACAACCACAAAUCCAUUCCAGAACAGCCACCACACACAGAUGAAUACUAGAUAUAGGAUAACAAUGUCACAUUACCUGCUUCAAGUGUACGGGUGAAAAAGUAAGACAGAGGAUAUGCAAGUCGUUGUAGAGUGUAGAAAGAACAAUUGCAAUAGAUUAUGUAAAAUCUAUUGCAAGUCUCUCUACUUAAAAUGGAAGAAUAACAAUCGUCAUUUUAAAGGAAAUGGCUAGACUUUCUUUUAUGUUUUUGACUGUACCUACAAUUCUGUUGGACUCGGCAAGAAUAGCUGUAGUCCUGCUGAAGCUAAUGUGGAUCUUAAUAAACAAACAGUGCUUUCACAAAAACACAAAAGCUUCCCAGAAUAGGCAGUAGCUACACUUGAAACCUGAAGUAGUUCUGAUUGGAAAUCCUCAUUGUUUUAGUAGAUUGUUACGCAGUUUAAUUACUGAAGGUCAUUGUUGAACUUAGUGCCUUUAAUUUGAGUUGUUUCAUUACUUGAUUGUUUGUGGAAAAGUACACAGCAAGUAAAUGUUAACUUUCACUGUGCUAUUUGUGCAAAUUACUGAUCAAUAGUAAGGAGACUUGAUCGAAAGUUCUCCUGGUGUUCUUAUUCAUUUUUUUAGUUUAAAAUAAAAUUCUAUAUUAUAAUUAG